AUGACCAAUUUCCGAGUUCAGAGAACGAAAAAGGAUGUGGACUAUGCGAGUGGACGGUUUCUUCUUGCACAGAUUCUCGCGAACAACGUCCCUUUCACAUUUGGCUAUGUUGUUUGUCCGUUUAUCUGGUUGGCGACAAUGGAUGGAUGGCCUUUGUUUUGCGUUUUCAUUUUCUACUUCUCAAAUCUGCUUGUUUACUCGGGAUGUCAGUUGUAUCAGGGUAUUGUGACGAUCUAUUUACUGCCCGGCUCCUAUUUGGACACGGUUCGCACGUGUCAGGCGUUGAAUGCAAUUCCGGUGAAAAUUCAAAAUAUCUUCGAGAACUCUUUCGUUUACGCGAUUAUUGAAGAACUGAACGGUCUCACUCCGUAUAUCGGAGUCGAGAAAAAGGUUGAUGGCACGUGGGUUUAUUCGGACGGAUCACCGCUCAUUUACUCGAAUUGGGACAAAGGCCAACCAAAAAACAGUACAAAGCUCCAUUGUGUGACCCUGGACUUGGCCUCGGGAAAAUGGAUUGCCGACGAUUGUUCGCUGGCUCGGCCCUCAGCUUGC